AUGCUCAGUGGACAAUCAAUCGUUCAAGUGGCUUGUGGUGGCGAACAUUUGCUGUAUCUAACAUCGACGGGAGAUGUCUACAGCUACGGCGAUAAUGAAGACAAAAAGGCUGCGGCAGCCACUAUUGCAGCUAACUCGGAUUUGAACGACAACGAAUCAUCUCGAAGCAGCAUCAAAACGUCGUUUCUUUCACCGCAUCUCGUCGAAGAGCUUACACUGGAAAAAGCCCUUCAUCGCACGACAAUAGCAAUGAUUGCAUGUGGUGCGCAGCAUUCGUUAGCCAUUACGGACGCUGGGGAGCUAUAUACAUGGGGUAGCGGUGAAGACGGGCGCCUUGGGCAUGGUGACAUGCGAGACCGCGCUGUUCCACGCAAAGUUAUGAGCUUGCUGCGGGAGAGCGUAGUUAAUGCAAGUUGUGGCGGUGCGCAUACUGCUGUUCUGACUGCGAAGGGCACUUUGUAUAUGUUUGGGCGAGGGCGGAAUGGUCGUUUGGGUCUGGGUGAUAAUAAGUGGCGAGACACCCCCCAUCCUAUCGUAGGGCUUCCGAGAGGAACCUAUAUCUCGCACGUGGUAUGCGGUUGGAACUUUACCGCAGCAUUAGAUCGUCAAGGGAACAUUUUCACGUGGGGCAAGACGGGUGAGGGGCAAUGUGGACUGGGAUACGUGGAUAAGGAUCAAAUGGUGCCACGUUCCGUCGAGAAGCUGCGUCAGUUGGCAAGGGGAUCGCCAGUUGUCGAUGUUGCAUGCGGGUAUACCCACACAGUUGUGCUGACAGCUGCUGGUGAGUUGUAUUCGUGGGGAUUAGGAGAAUACGGGCAACUAGGUACUGGGGAUGUUUAUCAGCCGCUACCUGCACGCGUACAGUUGCCACAGGACGCGUUGUGGCCCCCCGAUCAGUUGGCGCGAGUGUAUUGUGCAAACAAGGAUAAACCCGAACGCAUUGACUGCUUUUCAUCUGAAACUGAGCUCAUCGUGGCUUGUGGCCACAAGUACACUAUUGCACUGGAAGUGCAUCCGGAUCUUUACAUACACGCAUUAUUGGCAUCUCAUCGAACAAAACAGAAUGGAGCAGUCUCAGAUGGGUCUAACAUGUCAAGGUCCCAAAGACAGCAAUCAAAUGGCAGUGAAGCAAGUGACGACGAUUCACGUCUUGGCCAUGUUUUAUCAGGUCGAUCAGUCUCACCGCCGAUCGUAAAAAGCACGCAUCGACGAGGCUCCCCUCCAACUUUGGCAAUUGAACUUGACGAUGUCCCGCGUGAGGCCAUCCAUGAAAAGGAAGAGGAGCUGCGGCGAGCAAAAAAACUCUGGCGAACACGCAUAUUGCGCGAUUGGGAAGAAAAUAAGUAUACGCCGCUAGCACACACGCUGUGGCGUCAGGGGAUCCCGCCAUCAAUUCGCGCCCGUGUGUGGCCCAUGGCUAUCGGUAAUAAGCUGAAGGUGACACCGGAGAUGUUUAAGAUUUACCGUCGAAGAGCAGCCGCGUACAAGAAAGACCGAGUUGCAAAGGAAGUGGACGGUACUGUGGACGGCGGCCGUGAACAUACUCUUGCAUUGAUUGACACGGAUUUGCCGCGUACGUUCCCGUCGCUGAAGUUGUUUGACUCAAGUGGUCCAUACUACGCUUUUUUGCUGGAGGUGCUCGAGACAUAUGCGUGCUACCGACCUGAUCUAGGGUAUAUCCAAGGCAUGUCGUAUUUGGCCGCCAUGCUGUGUCUGCACAUGCCCCAAGACCGCUACCUGGCUUUCCAGUGUUUGGCAAACCUCAUGGUGAACGAACACCUCUUUACCUUUUACUUACUGGAUGCCGAUCUCGCAAGCGUGUACUACACUCUGUUUGACACGUUUUUGAGCUCGCGGCACCCUCGCCUUCACGCUCAUUUACUGGAGAUUGGCGUGUUUUCGUGCUCAAUGUAUCUAAUGAAUUGGUUACAGACACUAUUUCUGCAGGUGCUGCCGCUCGAGUCAGCGGCUCGCGUGUUUGACAACUUUUUACUGGAUGGCACAGUGUUUCUUUUCCGUACUGCUAUGGCUAUUCACGAGCUGUUAGGGCCGCAGCUGAUGGCGUCAGAUAUUGAUGUAGCUCUCCCUCUGCUGCAGCGCAACGUCAUAUAUCAAGAUGUGUGGAAUGCGCGUGUGUCAGAGCAAAGUCUUUUCGAGACUGUGGCGACGAUUGCCGUUCCCAGUCACAUUUACUCGACGCUUGACCGUGUUGUGAACGACGUAUUUUUUUAUGACAAGCGCGGUGACUCAGAGGCUGUUGGGGGGAAAAGGAUGAUGGGCUUUGCUAGUGGUGGCCAGAGUGUCGGAAUUGGACAUGUUAAGCACGAGCGUCGACGCAUGUACACAAUCAGCGAUGCACUGAAUGGCGUCCUUGGUGGGUUUUAG